GGACUCCGCGCCGGGACACCGGGCGGGCGGGGACACGCCGGCCGAGGGAGAACCAGGCUUUCCCUGCCUCCUUCCCACACCCCUCCCCCGCGCCCCGACGACGGGCCGAGGCAGCCAGAGCGGCCCAGGAAUCCUUUCAACACGCCCGCUGCCCCGGUCUCCCUCUGCCGGUCCCGCAGCAGGCCGGCGCGGUCCACGUCCCCAGGCGGGCAGGAGGCGGAGCUAGGCGGCCCGCGGCGGCGGGAGCGGCGAGCACGCCCCCACGCAGACGCGGGGCGGACGGCGACGCCCGGGCGCGAAGCGGGGAAUGGAGGCGGCCUGACUCCUCUCGCUUCCCGUAGUCCCCACCGCCGGCCGGAGCCAGGACGACGCUCCGCGGCAGACAAACAGCCUCGCGCGAGGGGCGCCUGCGACUCCUCUCCCCGGGGCAAGUGCCUCACUUUCGAUCUGGGAAGGCUUUAAAUAAAACUUGCUUAAAAUCUUAGCGCAUACACGGAAGAGAGACCCCAAUCAAAAAUAAGGUGGAAAAGAAGGAUGUUGUCCUUAAACAACCUACAGAAUGUCAUCUCUAACCCGAUAAUCCCCUAUGUUGGGACCAUUCCUGAGCAGUUGGAGCCUGGAACUUUGAUUGUAGUACGUGGGCAUGUUCCUAACGACUCGGACAGGUUCCAGGUGGAUUUACAGUGUGGCAGCAGUGUGAAGCCUCGAGCCGAUGUGGCCUUCCAUUUCAAUCCACGUUUCAAAAGGUCCAACUGCAUUGUUUGCAAUACUCUGAAAAAUGAAAAAUGGGGAUGGGAAGAGAUCACCUAUGACAUGCCUUUCAAGAAAGAAAGAUCUUUUGAAAUUGUGUUUAUGGUGCUGAAAGACAAAUUCCAGGUGGCUGUAAAUGGAAAACAUAUACUGCUCUAUGCCCACAGGAUUAGCCCAGAGAAGAUUGACACUCUGGGCAUUUCUGGCAAAGUGAAUAUUCACUCCGUUGGCUUUAGCUUCAGUUCGGAUUUAAGAAGUACCCAAGCGUCAACUCUGGAACUAACAGAGAUAAGUAGAGAAAAUCCUAGUAAUAGAGGAGACAUUUCUAAAAUCGUACCCAGAACUGUCUACACCAAGAGCAAAGGUUCGACUGCCAGUCACACUUUGACUUGCGCCAAAAUACUACGUACCAACUGUUGGUCGAAGACUCUGCCAUUUGUUGCAAGGUUGAACUCCUCAAUGGGCCCUGGACGAACUAUCGUCGUUAAAGGAGAAGUGAAUACAAAUGCCAAAAGCUUUAACGUUGAUCUAAAAUCAGGAAAAUCGAAGGAUAUUGCUCUCCACUUGAACCCACGCCUCAAUAUUAAAGCAUUUGUAAGAAAUUCUUUUCUUCAGGAGUCCUGGGGAGAAGAAGAGAGAAACAUUACCUCUUUCCCAUUUAGUCCUGGGAUGUACUUUGAGAUGAUAAUUUAUUGUGAUGUUAGAGAAUUCAAGGUUGCGGUAAAUGGUGUACACAGCCUGGAGUAUAAACACAGAUUUAAAGAGCUGAGCAGUAUUGACAUGCUGGAAAUUGAUGGAGAUAUCCACUUACUGGAAGUAAGGAGCUGGUAGCUGACAUGGCUGCUACAAAAACUGAAAUAUAAAAUGGCUUAUGUAACACUGGCCUUGUUAAAAUGCAUCUCACUGUCAUUUAUGUUAUGUCAUUUAUAUAUAUUGUUAAAUUGAGGUUGCAUAACAUUAAGUCCUACUUACUGGGUGUUCUCAGUCCUUGCCAUGCAGUGUGAUUGUCUAGAACAGAAUGAGGAAAUUUGAGCCAACAGCAACUUAAAGCUAUUAUUAAGGCCUUUCUAAGCUCUCCCCCCAACCUGGCCUCUUCUUUUUUAAACCCACGUUACAUUCAACAAGUAUUUAUUAACUGCCUCUUACAAUACAGUAGCUAACAUGCGUUGAGCACUUAUUUUUUGCCAGCACUGUGCUAGGAGCUGGGGAUAUAUACACAGUGGUGCCCCAAACCAAUCUGUUCCCUGUUGUCUUGAGCUCAGAAUCUUCUGUGCUCUGCCGCUGUUUUUUCGACAGGCAUUGAAUAAACUUACCACUCAGCUAGUAAAUCACCUAAAGACACUAAUUUAUAGAAUACACUACCCCUUCACCAGUGAUCGCUCUCGUAACCAGUGUUCUAUCAUGUCCCAUAACUGAAAGGAUUGAUGUUGAGCUACAUCUGGCGAUUUUCUUCAGCAUAAUAAAUAUCUAGCUCUACAGCAUUACCAAAUAAUUGACAUUAUGAAAUCUGAACAUGGCACAAAGAUUAAGGCAAAAACCAAAAACAAAUGGUGUUGAAAUUCACUUGAUAUCAAUCUCAAGGCCAUUGAUUUCUAUACCAGUAAAUGCUUAUUUUAGAAUAUUUGAAUUUAGGGUGAGUCAGAGGUCUGCACAUACUCCUACAGAAAGUUUAAGGUAGAAGCAAGAUGAAUUCAAUUUAUAAAAUGAUUAUGGGUAACAAAGCAAUGUCAAGAUUAGACUUAAUGAUUGUUUAUAAAGUAGGCACUAGGAGAAAGUAAAAUACCCCGAGACCAAUGAAGCAGAGGCAACAGAGAAAUCUGCUGCUUCUCCACAUGCAAACCAGCACUGCCUCUGCUCUUCUAAAGGUCAGUCCCUCAUCAUUAGCAACUGAGAUCCAAACAUUGUUCUUUCUAAGUGAUUAAAAUCAAACCUGCAUCAGCAGGUUAAAUUGUUGCGUUUCUGUAUUUUUUUCUCUUAAUCUUUGAAGCACUCGGCAGAAGUUCUUUGUGGAAUUCUUACAGGUCAGAACUUGUUACGGGAAAUUCCAAAGACUUGGGAGUGGGGAGGGAAAAAGCUCAGUCAGUCAGAUCAUUUUAUCAUAUUAAAUUGCUAGGCUGAAUUCUGCCAGGAUUUAGGAAUAUUUUCAUAACAGACUUUGGUUAGAUUUUAUUUGUAUCUGUAUAUCGAAAAGAAUACUAUUACCAGUCUUACUUUUUAAAAGUACUUAGUGUGGAAACUUCUAGCUCUUAAUUCUUUUCUACUUUUGCAUCUUAAUUUACUAUGCUUUCUUGCCAGGCUCAAAAAAACAUUGUGGGUGGGGGUGUUGGGGAAAAGUGGUAGAAGCAGGAAGGCUCUAGAAUCCCCCAGGGUUAUUUUUUUCUUCAUUAAAGAACAUCAGAGGGCAGGACUGAGAUGUUGGAGACUGUAGGCCACUUAGGAAAAAAUAAAAGCCCACUUAACAUUGUUUCCUCUAAGGCUUAAAUAUAGUUCAUUUUCAUUUUUCUUUACAUGGAGGUAUUACUAAGACCUAAGACUGAUGCUUUGAGAGAAUAAAUACAAAAUCUUAAAGAUAUUUUCUGAAAAUAAGCUAUUAGCAUUUAUAAAUGAAUCCUCUUGAGACAUUUCUUAAAGAGAAAUAUGCAUUCCUCGCAAGCUCACUCUCUAAAACUGCAAGUUAGCCUUUUGCUUCUUUGUCAUAAUUCUGCACUAAAUUUCUAUAUUAAAUUAGAUCAAAGGCUUUCAAGCUCAAUUAGAACAUUCUAUGGGACAGUUCUUAAAUUUUAAAAAGGCAUAAAUAAAUAAAAUGCCUUGGGCAGAUUUAAUUUUAUUUGAGCCCUCACUUUCCAGCUUCACCAUGACAUAGUACAGAGAUUAGAGAACUUCAAAGCUUUGAAGAAAAUCUGGUAUUUACUUUCUUUCUCCUAUGAGUAAUUCUUGGUUAACCCCCAGCAGAAACAUGAUCAUUUCUAAUCCUAGAGGGGCUCCUUCCUGCCACCUAGCUUUUCUGGGCCCUUUCUAAUUGUGGGUCAGGCAGGUGUGGUUGUUUUAUAAACAGCCUAUUGCCUCCACCCCCACAAGACACAGACAGAUAAAGACGACAAUCACAGUCCUGAAGGAAAGAAGCGCUUCCCUUGGGGGGCGCACACACAAAAAUGACUGCUGAAGUAAAAAUCCCAAUUGUGCUGAAUAACUGUCAUUUCCUUGAAGAGCUGCUUUGAAUGCAAUCUCUGACACGAAGACCAUGUACCUAAGACAUUCCUUUACAGAAGAGUUACGGCUUUCCAUUCUAAAUGAGGUUUUGUUAGCUUUGGGUGCUAAAAUUAAACAUAUCUGUAAUAUUAAUAACAUCAAUCAGAAAAGACUAUCAUAAAGGUUUAAAUAAGCACAGCAGUCUGUAUAAAAACACCAUGUAUCAUUUACUCUUUUUGCAAUUCUCUACAACUGGUGUGGGAGCACAAACCAGGUGGGGAUUUUGUAAAGAAGUCCAAGUGGGUGUUAAGGCACCAAAAGUAACAUGGUACCAAACAACCAGAAACAAAAGUAUGAAAAAUAAAUCUGAACUCUCAAAAGAGUAUGAAACACCAAAAAACCCAAGUUUCAGAAGUAGCUCUGGAGUGGCUCUCCCAGUACAGCCUCCAGGUGCUGAACAGUCUUCUGGCACUGCUGCUCGACUUCCUCACAUUCAUCUACAAGAGAAAACAUCACAGCGAACAUGGCAGUCUUCCUGCCUCAGUUACCAUUAGCCUAAUUCUUUACAUCUUGCAUUCUCUGGCAAUCAUUCAAUCAAGGGAGAGAAAUGAAGCACAUUAAUGAAGCAGAAAGCAUCAGGGAAUACCUCCUCCGUAUUCCUCUUUCCUUCCUUCCCUUCUACUUAGACUUGGAAGCUGAAUAAGAUAGACCCCCCCAGAAUAGCAGUGCGCAAAUGAAAAUUCCAGACUCCCAGCAAUGCCAUUCUUGAGUAGCUCACACGGCUCUUCUCCCGGAUGUAAGAAACAAAGGUGAAUGUACUUUGUUUUAGAUAGGGAGUGAAUCGUUAAUAUGAAAGCAUUUAUCUAUUUGCCUCCCUCAUCCCUGCUUAAUAAUAAGAUGUACUGUUAUUUCCUGGGCCGAGUGGUGGCACAGUGCUUACUGUGCCACAGGUGCAGCACUACACGAACCUGGACUUAAACCCCAGUUCCACCUGUGACACUCACUGUGCUAGUUUAUUAAAUUACUUAGUCCUUUUAAAACCUGUAGUUUCUUCCUUUAUAAAACAGGCAUAAGGCAUACUGUAUGCCUUGUUGUGAGGAUUAAAUGCGAUCAUCUAUGGAGAACACUAAACGCUGGUCAUUAUUAACAGGCAGCUAUCCUAUUGCAUCCUUAACGGCACGAGACAUUUGAUACAGUACCCUACAUCUGGGACCAAAAUUUCAAUCAUAUAAAUGUAUGAGGUUAAUGAAAAAAAAUAUUGUAGUCUUUUUGUACUAUCACAAAAAAACACAAAAGUAAAGACAGUGAAGAUUAUAAUGUAAACAAAAUCUCAAAUGGUCAGGAGGCUGUCCCUUCCUAACCUGCUCCCUCCACCCACUCAGAGUAGGAACCUGGCCUCUAGCUUCGGGCAGAGGAUGGAGCCCAGGGCUAAUCACACUUAUCCAUUAUCAUGGGCACAUUUUCACAGAAUUUUACUGUAAUUAUUUCUCAAUAGUUUGGGAAUUACCUUCCAUCAGCUCAGCUAAGAAAGGAAUGGAUUCUGGUAGCAAAACAAUAUAAUUCUCCUUUAGUUUUUCAGCCAGUGCUAAUACGGUAAUCAAAGCAGCAAAUCGAACCUGAAAGGGAUAAAAUGAUAAAGAAUGAAAAAAACAAGUAUUGCUAUAUUUAUUAUCUUAAGAUCUGCCUCACUUGAGACAAGUUCUAACUUUUUAAACUGUUGUUUCACAUGAGUUUGUUUCACUUUAUGUCGAUUCAACUUUCAUCUUAGAAAACCAGUUUAUUUACCAAUUUGGGAUUUGUUAAUACUAUGGCAACCUUAUAGAUCAGUGUUUUUCAGACUGUGUUCCAGUAUUACAGGGCUUUAAUGUGAAUGUCUUUUUAUAACAUUUUCCUUUAAAAAAACGAAUUUAACUGCACUGGAGCUCACCGCUCGCCUGGCUGACAGAGAUGAUGCCGCCCUGGCGGUGGAGUGUCCCAGGCCAUCUCAGGCAGGACUCCCCACCCUCAGAAUGCUGUGUGGUCACCACCAUAGCUGUGAGGGGCCAAGGGACCAGCUCUGGUCACACACUGUCUCAGCCCUGAAUAAAAAACACACUGUGUCACAAUGUCCUAGUUUUGGAACUUGGAAAAAAAAGUUGAGGUGCUUCCCACAUGACUUGUCUAUGACAAGGAAUGCAAGUAGUUGCUGCGUAGUGUUAGCCAUUCACUUUGAAACAACAGCUGUACUAGUGCUUUCUGGUUUGGAUAAUUUAAAGAAUAUUUGGAUACAGUAAAGUGAGUUGUUUAAAGAACAUUUGUAACUACCUAUGUUCAAUCAGUAUUUUCUUGAUAUUGUACAAUCAAAACAUUAAAAUAAAAAUAAAUUUAAUGCUACAACUUUAUAAGAACUUACAGUUUAAAAUCUGGGGUUUCAUUAAAAUAGCCUCAUUGUUCUCAUUAUUUCCUAAUAAAUAAAUGUUAUGAAUUUCAACUAAUAAAUCUACUAAUAAA